UGUAAUGUAAAAACACAUUUUAAAUCGAUUUUUAUAAACAUUUGAAAUAAUUUUAGAUAAUUUGUUAAUAUUAAUAUUAAGCAAAGGACAAAUUAAGCUUGAAAACUAUCUGUAUUUCAAAAAAUAUGCGUUUACAAAUAAGUAUUUUUAUUGUUGUAUUUUCUAUUGCGGGUGGAUUUUCAUCUCGGGUAAAAGGAACUAGUAACAGUGUAUUGGUGUCUUAUGAUGGACAGCUUGCUGAUUUAGAAGAUAAACUAGGUCUCAAAUUAAGGAGAAAGGUUCUCACCAGAUAUGAGUUUAUUGUUCCUUCCUCGGUUGAUAUAGACCAGCUUAUCGAAUCUCAUCGUGAGAUAGAAAUUCAAAAGUUAACCCAUCAACAUAAAACUAAAAAGGCUGUUCCAAUCAGCGAUGCCAAAUGGUCUGACCAAUGGCAAUUGCAAACAAGUCAAAGUCCAAGUAUGAAUGUUUACAAUGCGUGGGACAAAGGUUUCACCGGAAGUGGUAUUACCAUAGCAAUAGUGGAUGACGGUAUUGAUGUUGAUCAUGGCGAUCUUUCUGGUAACUAUAAUGCUGGGUUGAGUUAUGAUAUCAUAUAUGACAUUGCUGAUCCGUCACACUUCGGACCCUAUGAUGGACAUGGUACAAAUUGUGCAGGUGUUGUGGCAGCUGUCAAGAAUACGGUUUGUAUAGUGGGCGUGGCAUAUGAGGCUUCCAUACCAGCAAUACGUAUUUUAGACUACACGUACCCUGCUACUGAAGCAGAGGAAGCUUUAGCGUUAACGCACGAGCUCUCGAGCAUCGAUAUAUAUAGUAACAGCUGGGGUCCAAGCGAUGACGGCGAAACGUUUUUUUCGCUAUCCAGUAUACAACGGGAAGCUUUACAAACAGGGGUGACUGGGGGUAGAGGGGGUAAGGGUGUGAUAUAUUCGUGGGCGUCUGGUAACGGAGGAGAUUAUGAUGAUUGUAAUGCCGACGGAUAUUCUAAUAAUAUUUAUACGAUAUUAUCUCCAUGGUUACAGGGUAGAGGGGGUAAGGGUGUGAUAUAUUCGUGGGCGUCUGGUAACGGAGGAGAUUAUGAUGAUUGUAAUGCCGACGGAUAUUCUAAUAGUAUUUAUACGAUAGCUAUUGGCGCCGUGUCGGAGACAUCUGCGCCGACUUGGUACUCCGAACAUUGUACAGCUAUUCUUGCCGCAACUUACAGUGGUGACUUCCCAAACGCACGAAUUGCAACAACAGGACCUAGUAACACCUGUGUGAAUGACUUCUCGGGGACCUCAUCAGCUUGCCCUCUAGCUUCCGGAAUAUUUGCAUUAACACUACAAGCAAAUCCAGCACUGACGUGGAGAGACAUGCAGCAUAUGUUGGUUGAAUAUUCUAUAUCUUCAGGUUUACAUGCUGACGCAAAUUUCUACACGAAUGCUGCUGGUAAAACAGUAAGUCAUUGGUUCGGAUUCGGGUUAAUGGACGCUGAGGCGAUGGUGGACAACGCGCCAUCUUGGAAAAAUGUACCUUCUAGUACAAUCUGCUCAUCGACACAAAUUAACGUGGAUAUAAAUUCAGUGACGUCAUCGAUAGUGAGCACGUACUCUGCCAGCCAGUGUUGCAUAAGCAAUCUAGAGCACGUGAUUGUUACCAUUAGAUACCGUGCCUCGAGACGAGGAAAUGUUGAAUUCUUCAUUGACUCCCCGUCGGGUACCCGAAGUAAAAUAUUCAGAUCGAGAACUAACGAUUUGUCGUCGUCGUCAAUAACCUGGGAUUUUAUGUCCGUUCAUACAUGGGGCGAAAACCCGGAAGGUGACUGGACAUUAACUAUGUCUGAUGCGAUCGGUGGAACAAGUAUGAACCUUUAUUACUGGAGUAUACAGUUUUAUGGCACCGUGACAGAUCCAUUAGCUGGAAUUCCUGCUGCUGGAGAAAUUGGUGGUUCGUGUAUAGAUUCCUCAGAAUGUAGUGCUAUCACAGAUGGUGGUUGUUUACAGGACUGUAAAAUAUGUGUCGUCUGCAACGACGGAUAUCGCGUGAUUGACAUAUAUUGUAAACAGGAUGGUCAAUUAGGCGGCUAUUGUGAUGACAGUGUCACGUGUGCAACCACAGAUAGUGGUUGUUUACAGGACGGUAAUAUCUGUGUCGUCUGCAACGACGGAUAUCGCGUGAUUGACAUAUAUUGUAAACAGGAUGGUCAAUUAGGCGGCUAUUGUGAUGACAGUGUCACGUGUGCAACCACAGAUAGUGGUUGUUUACAGGACGGUAAUAUCUGUGUCGUCUGCAACGACGGAUAUCGCGUGAUUGACGUAUAUUGUAAACAGGAUGGUCAAUUAGGCGGCUAUUGUGAUGACAGUGUAACGUGUGCAACCACAGAUAGUGGUUGUUUACAGGACGGUAAUAUCUGUGUCGUCUGCAACGACGGAUAUCGCGUGAUUGACGUAUAUUGUAAACAGGAUGGUCAAUUAGGCGCCUAUUGUGAUGACAGUGUCACGUGUGCAACCACUUCUCUUGACUGUAUCAACAAUGUAUGCGAAGAAAAGGAGCAAGACGAAGAAACUGACAAUACGCCACUUAUCGUGGGCGCCGUUAUCGGGGCUUGUGUUGGUAUAGCCCUGCUGGUUGGUGCUGGCUACAUUCUACACAAAGUUUGUUUUGGUGUUAAAGCGACCUCUGCCGUCACACCUGCACCAUAUGUUCUACCACCAGUAUAUCCAUUAGAACCCUCGCCAUAUUCUUCAUCCGGGGCAGCUGCAAACCAACAACCUCAAACGUCGUAUGCACACCCCACAGUCUAACGCCGUUAAUAUAUCAAACAAAAGAAAAAAGUUGAUUAUUACUUAAAAAGUACAAUGAAUGCAAGGAAAACUUGAACGGGAAAAAUACGGGAGUAAUUAUAAAAUAAGUAAUCUUACCAAAUAUAGCAAUAGCAAUACCUCUGACACGGUGAAGCACACAGCAAUAAGAAGGCAAAUAACUAUGUACAAUAUUAUAAAAUAUUUCCUUGUUUGAAAU